AUGACAAAAACUACUGCCAACAAUGCUCUUGAGGCUCUCAACGCGUGCCAUGAUGUGAUCCUUCAACUGGAAGAAGAUGGAGACAGCGUUCAGCUGUGCCAAUUCCUUGAGGCCAUGAAGCACACUACGAAGCUUGCUGAAGAUCGACAACAGACACGAGCUGAUCAGGCACAACAGAAACCACGACCAGGGGAUCAAGCAUUGAUAAGUACUCUUUUUGAUCAGGAAGAUAUUUGGGUCAACAACAUCCUUCCAUUCUUGGGCAUGGGCCAGUAUGCAUUUGUUGGUGCUAUCAACAAGCGCAUGAAUGCCACCUACAAGGAAUAUUGUGGGACAGUGAAGAGUCCACCAAAAGUGAAGAUUCCAGACCAAUCGACAACAUCGCUGCGAAACCAAGCAACAAAUCCAAUCGCAUGUGUGCGAAUCCAAGUGACAAGACCAGCGACCAGCACCGACUCCUUUUAUGGUGCAGCAUUCUGCAACAUUCCGUGUAUGGAAUAUUGGCUCGCUGAUCAAUCACCCAACAAGGGCCCUGCACGUGACGAUGUUUGCGCAGUCAUUGCGAGAUUGGAAGUCUUUCAGUGUUUAAACAGGCCCACGCACAUGGGUUUCCAUGGGGUGAAUCUACCUGCACUGCUGCCGACAAGCUGGACACUUGGAAGCUUUGAAGUGGGCUGCAGGAAAGGGCUGUGCUUGGAACACAGCCACAUGUGCUGCUGCAGCAGCAGGAGGGAACUGGAUGUGUUGAAAUGGUUGCAUGAGAAUGGCUGCAACUGGGAUUAUACAACCGCUCACAAGGCGGCCCUGGGUGGUCAUCUUGAUCUAUUGAAAUGGGCUCGGGCUCGUGGCUGCCCAUGGGAUAACAUGACAUGUGCAUAUGCAGCCUUAGGAAAUCAUUUGGAGGUAUUGAAGUGGGUUCGGGCUACUACUGACGGUCGAUUGGGCAAUCAUAUCUGUGCAGGUGCUGCAGCUGCUGGUAAUUUGGAAGUUCUCAAAUGGGCGAGGGCAAAUGGCUGCGCCUUUACUAUCACCGUAUGCACGUUUGCUGCAGGGGUGGGUAAUUUGGAAAUGUUGACAUGGGCUAGAGAACAUGGCGCCCCUGGAAUGAAAUGA